AGAAGCAAAACGGAAUGCCUCCACGCCAAACGAGCGGCAGCGAGAAGAAGAGAUCGAGCGAGACGGAGAGAGCGAGGGCGUGGGGGAAGAUUCCUGUUCAUCAUAGCCCCCUCUUCUCUAGCGAAUCAUCUCGUCAAGGGCUCGAAUCUCGCAAUAUCGUCUCGAUCCCUUUCUCCCCAUUGAUUCGUGUUCAUCAUAGCCCCCUCUUCUCUAGUUCAUCUCGUCGAGUGCAGGUGAGCAGUUAGAGCAGUGCAGCCAUGGGCGCAGGUGGACGAAUGACAGUCCAAGAGCAGGAGGCCAAAAAUUUCUCUGUUAGCCCCGGUGGCGGCGGCGAUAAACCCCUCCACCGCUCGCCCACCGAGAAGCCAUCCUUCAGCUUCGGUCAGAUUAAGAAGGCUAUCCCUCCUCACUGCUUCCACCGCUCCAUCUUCCGAUCCUUCUCUUACGUCGUCCAUGACCUGCUCCUUGCCGCCCUUUUCCUCUACUUCGCACUCGCCUUCAUCCCCAACCUUCCGACUGCCCUCGCCCUCGUUUCCUGGCCUCUCUACUGGGCUCUCCAGGGAUGCGUGCUUACUGGCGUGUGGGUCAUUGCCCACGAGUGCGGCCACCACGCCUUCUCCGAUUACUCCCUUCUGGACGACGCCGUCGGACUCCUCCUCCACUCUGCUCUCCUGGUUCCCUACUUCUCCUGGAAGUACAGCCACCGCCGCCACCACUCCAACACCGGCUCCCUGGAGCGCGACGAAGUGUUCGUUCCCAAGCAAAAGGCGUCACUCUCCUGGUUCACCGCGUACCUCAACAACCCUCUCGGCCGCUUGAUCACCCUGGCCGUCACGCUCACCCUCGGCUGGCCGCUCUACCUCGCCUUCAACGUCUCCGGCCGUCCCUACCCCCGCUUCGCCUGCCACUACGACCCGUACGGCCCCAUCUACUCGGACCGCGAACGCGCCCAGAUCUUCAUCUCCGACGCCGGUCUCGUUGCCAUCUCCUACGGUCUCUUCCACCUAGCCACCAUCCACGGCUUCUGGUGGCUCGUCCGUGUCUACGGCGUGCCGCUCCUCAUCGUCAACGCCUGGCUCGUCGCCAUCACCUUCCUCCAGCACACGCACCCAGCGCUGCCCCACUACGACUCGAGCGAGUGGGACUGGCUCCGCGGCGCGCUCGCCACAGUCGACCGCGACUACGGCGUGCUUAAUCGAGUGUUCCACAACAUCACCGACACCCACGUCGCCCACCACCUGUUCUCCACCAUGCCGCACUACCACGCCAUGGAGGCGACCAAGGCCAUCAAGCCGCUGCUGGGCGAGUACUAUCAGUUCGACGGCACGCCGCUGCUGAAGGCCAUAUGGAGGGAGGCGCGCGAGUGCAUCUACGUGGAACCCGACGCCGGCGGCAAGCAGAAGGGCGUCUUCUGGUACAGCAACAAGCUCUAAACUAAAUCAAUCUCCCAGCCGCGACAACUCAUCUUGGAUCAACUCCUAAAUUAGCAAGAAAGGCAGCAGAUAUAUUAGGGAAUGAGCCGGCGAUCGCUCUGAUCGCCGAUUAAUUUCGCGGUGGUUCUUCUUUGCACCCUACCGAUCGAGUCAGUGUCGUCUAUCUGUGUCUUUCUCUUGGUGUCUAAAUUGUCUGUCGUUGUUCCUCGUGUUAUUCUUCUAGUGCUGAUCUGAUGGCGUGUACGCACAUUCGUUGAAUUAUAUUAAACCGAUCACCUAACGAGUUGGAAACCA